AACUAUUACGUGGAAACAAGAAUUUUCUGCAGAUGUCAAUGAAAAAACAGAGUCAUGAACAGCUGUACAGAUUCUACACAUAUAUAUCUAUAUAUUAGUACAUAUAUAUAUAUAAUAUUUGUAGUGCAUCUGUCUGUCGUUCAGAAAACAUAGUAAACUUUUGUUGUUACAAACUCUAGUCUUUUACUACUCUACGUUAUUAAUAAACUUAGUUAUUAAAAUUUUUUUCUCAUGCUGUUAUUACUAUUAUUAUAUUGCAAUAAUAAUAAUAAUAGUAAUUAUUACUUUUCACGUGAUUCGCAAACUAAAAUAAAUGUCAUUGUGCCAGUGUUGAAUUUUAUCAAACAAUGUGAAUAAAUAAAUAAAUAUUUAAAAAAAUUAAUCAAUUUAUCUGACCUAAAAUAAAUAAUUUACACUUAAAUUAUGGAGUUUAUGUUAAUAAAAAUAUAUAAAAAAAAUAUUGUAGAUUGUAGUAAUAAUAAUAAAUAAUUGUUUUAUCAAUGACGUCUUUAUUGGAUUUAAUAAAAUAAUUACUUAUCAACCGAUUAAUUAAAAUGGAGCAAAACUCUGGACCGAAUCAGAGCCAGUCUACUAAUAACUCCAAUAAUGAUCCUGACAAUGUCGGAAGUUGCCUGUUACUACGGUAUGCGAGCCAAAAUUCACUCGACGAAAGUUCUCAAAAGCAUAUUCCCAGGGAAAGUGGUAAAGAUAAACCACCUUAUCGUAAUCAUCAUCAUACAAACCGAGCUUUUGACGUGAUAAACGCUAUGAGAAAACAAAACCUUCUGUGCGAUGUGAUACUGGAGGCUGAUGGUGGUAACGAUGUACCCGCUCACAAAAUGGUACUGGCGGCAUGCAGCCCCUAUUUUUACGCCAUGUUCACCAGCUUUGAGGAACGCGACCAGCGGCGUAUUAAAUUACAAGGGGUUGAUCACGCAGCCCUGGAAUUACUUGUUGAUUAUGUCUAUUCGGCUGAGGUCCAUGUUACUGAGGAAAAUGUCCAAGUUUUAUUACCGGCAGCUAAUCUACUCCAGCUGACUGAUGUACGCGAUGCAUGUUGCGAUUUUUUACAAGCGCAAUUACAUCCAUCUAACUGCUUAGGAAUUCGCGCAUUUGCUGAUCUUCAUGGCUGCUUAGAACUGUUGGUGCACGCUGACAGUUAUAUUGAACAACAUUUCUCGGAAGUUGUCGAAGGUGAAGAAUUUUCAACGCUGGCACCUCAACAAGUUGCUAAACUAAUUUGCAGCGAUCGACUUUCUGUACCGUCAGAAGAAAAAGUAUUCGAGUGCGUAAUAUCUUGGGUUCAUUCUGAUUUAGAGAAACGUCAAAACUAUCUUGCGCAGUUGAUGGAACAUGUGCGUUUGCCUCUUCUAUCUCAAGAUUACCUGGUCCAGCGAGUCGAAGAAGAGCCGCUUUUGAAAGCAAAUCUUCAGUGUAAAGAUUUUUUAAUAGAGGCAUUAAAGUAUCACUUACUUAAGGGCGAGCAAAAGUCGUUAUUUAAGACGCCACGGACGAAACCGCGGCAGCCGCGUGGUCUGCCAAAAGUUCUAUUAGUAGUGGGUGGACAAGCGCCCAAAGCGAUACGGAGUGUAGAGUGUUACGACUUUAAGGAAGAAAAGUGGUAUCAGGUAGCGGAAUUACCUACACGACGAUGUCGAGCUGGGAUGUCAGUUCUAAAUGGACGAGUGUAUGCCGUAGGAGGGUUUAAUGGUUCUCUCAGAGUACGCACAGUGGACGUUUACGACGGGACGGCGGACCAGUGGUCAGCAUGUGCCGGAAUGGAAGCACGUCGUUCAACUCUGGGCGUUGCAGUCCUCGGUAAUUGCAUCUAUGCCGUAGGUGGUUUUGAUGGCACAACUGGAUUAAAUUCAGCCGAAGUUUACGACCCACGUACCCACGAGUGGCGCAUAAUAUCGUCAAUGGGCACCCGACGUAGCAGUGUCGGUGUGGGAGUCGUUAAAAAUUUACUGUACGCCGUCGGGGGUUACGACGGUGUCUCUCGACAGUGUUUGUCGAGUGUAGAAUGUUACAAUCCGGAAAAAGAUAAAUGGAAACCAGUUGCCGAGAUGUCUGCGCGUCGCAGUGGUGCGGGCGUUGGAGUCUUGGAUGGUAUUCUGUAUGCAGUCGGUGGCCAUGAUGGUCCACUAGUCCGUAAAAGCGUCGAAGCCUAUAAUCCGGAAACGAAUCAAUGGACGGCAAUCGCUGACAUGGCUCUGUGUCGACGCAACGCGGGCGUCGUUACUCUAAAUGGUCUACUGUACGUCGUGGGUGGUGAUGACGGGACAUCUAAUUUAGCUUCAGUUGAAGUCUACUGUCCACGGACAAACACCUGGACUACGCUGCCAAGUUGCAUGAAUAUCGGACGCAGUUAUGCGGGAGUUGCUAUUAUUGAUAAGCCACAAAUACUGGCGACGACAUUGUGAGGUUU